AGCUUAAUUGCUAGCUACCAGGAAAAUUAGAGAAGAGAGUGGGAGAUUGAUGACGACGACGAUGAUGAAGAAGUCUGUAAUUUGCAUGUGUCUUCUGUUGCUUUUGCUCUUAGCAAUUAGUAGAGCAGAUUCGUCGAUCAACUCAUGCACCAGGCUUUGCGGCAACGUCGACAUCCCCUUCCCCUUUGGCAUCGAGUCGGACUGCUUCCUUCCCGGCUUCCACGUCGUCUGCAACAACUCCAAACUCUACUCCGGCGGCAUCCAAAUCCUCAACAUCAAUCCCGACAAGUCUCAUGCCCACAUACUCCAGAAAAUCUCACUCGUCGACCCACAAAACAACAACAACUCCACUACCGGAGUCCACAUCUCAACGGCGAUGAACCUCACCGGCUCGCCCUUCCGCUUCCCCGAGAGCCGCAACAUCUUCGCCGCCUUCGGCUGCAACGUCAUCGCCUUCUUCAACACAUCCAUCCCCGGCAAAAUUUCCGACACUGGAUACGAACGGCAUUCCUGCGCCGCUCUCUGCAACGACGUCAACUACAUCCACCUUAACGGUACUUGCUCCGGCGCCGACGGCUGCUGCCAGAUCACCAACAUUCCCCGGGAAAUGCAGCAACUAACUUCCUACUUGAUCCUUGACUUCGCCGGAUUUAGCGGCGGCUUGUCGUCACAAAAUUCGUCGUUCCUCUUCUCGACCCUUGUGUCUCGGUCCUUUUUCAAUUCGUCGUCGGACCUUAGCGGGCGUGACUUAUUUGAGCUGUUCCAAGGACAGGUUCCGGUCUCCGUCGACUGGACCAUUACCAACGCGUCGUGCCAUGAAGCUAAGCUCAAUCCCACCGCCUAUGCGUGCCGGAGUCAGAACAGCGAGUGUUACGAACCCUAUUCCUCCUUCAAAGGAUACACCUGCAGCUGCAGUGAAUAUUACAAAGGCAAUCCCUACAAGAAAGACGGAUGUUCUGUUAGUAAAUGCGCUAGACCCGACUGUUACGGAGUGUGUCCUAAGGGCGGGCCAUGCUUUUGCCCGCCAGGCAUGGGAGGGGAUCCUUUUGAUCCAAUCGGAUGUGGUGUAGAAGUCACUCCGGCAAGAAACAUCUUUUUGAUUAUAAGUGCAAGUGUUGGAGGGUGUGUGCUUAUUCUUUUUACUGUUUUGGUGUUGUUGAGAAUUCUGAAAAAAAGAAAUCUUCAAAACAGAAAGAGGAAAUUCUACCGUAGAAAUUUAGAUUUGUUAAAAAUGGAACAAUCGUCUACCGAUGAAAUUGUUACUGAAAGGAUGAAGAUCUAUGAGCUAGAUGAAUUGGAAAAAGCUACCAAUAAUUUUGAUAAGACUCGAGUUGUUGGUGGUGGAGGUCAUGGAAAAGUAUAUAAAGGAAUUUUAUCGGAUCAACGCGUAGUUGCCAUCAAAAAGCCAAAGAUAACAAGCGAAAGUGAGCUUGGACAGUUCAUUAAUGAGGUUUUCAUUCUUUCUCAAACAAACCAUAGAAAUGUGGUUAAGUUCAUGGGGUGUUGCUUGCAAACUGAAGUCCCUUUGCUUGUAUUUGAGUUCAUAUCAGGUGGAACACUCUCUGAUCAUCUUCUUAAUCAUGAGCAAUUCUCGCCUUUAUCAUUUGAAGAUCGUUUAAGAAUUGCUUACGAAGUUGCUAGAGCAUUAUCUUAUAUACAUUCUGAAGCUUCAGUAACAAUUUUCCACAGAGAUGUUAAAUCAUCUAACAUUCUACUUGAUGAAAGAAAUACUGCGAAACUAGCGGAUUUUGGUGCUUCGAGGGCUGUUACUUGCGAUAAGAAUUCAGUAACUACUAUUGUUCAAGGAACUUAUGGAUACUUAGAUCCUGAGUACCAUCAAACUGGAAGAUUAACAGACAAGAGUGAUGUCUAUAGCUUUGGUGUAAUUCUUGCAGAGCUUUUGACUGGGAAGACGGCAAUUCCUUAUCAAAAAAAUAAUGAGGUGAGGCACCUAGUUAUGGACUUCGUAGGUUCAUUGAAGGGCAAUUCACUUAUUGAGAUUCUCGAUCCUCUAGUUUUAGAGGAAGCAAAAGACGAAAUUCUUGAAAAGAUUGCAAGGCUCAUAGAGAGAUGCCUCAAAAUGAAUGGGAAUGAACGACCAACAAUGAAGGGAGUGGAGGAGGAACUUGAAGCUAUGAGAGAAAAGAAACUGAAAGUUGAUCCUGAUGAUCCUGAUGGCCUCAGAGGAACUGCAUCAAUUUAUACGACCUUCGAUCUUGGUGUUGAUAGUCUUGGAGGAAUAUCAUCUUUCGAUACUUGCUUUGGUAUCGACGUUAAUAGUCUUUGAUAUUGAUAAGUUUGCUAAUGUCUCUCUACUCCUUUACUGUCGGUCUGUGUGUAUUUGGUUGCCUGCACAAUGUACUACUGAUUUGAGAGUCUAAUAUUUAGUUAUUAUUUGCCCUUUAUCAGUUACUUUGUACCACAACAAA